UCGUUGGAAGGCGCGUCUCGGGCCGAAGCGGAGGGCUCGGGGAGGAAGGGGCGCGCGCAUGCGCCGUGAGGGCGUGAGCGCCUCCGCGCGGGGCGCCGAGUGAGGAGCGAGCCUGACGCGCGGCCUGGUGUGGACGAGCAGAAUCGCUGAAAUCCAGCACAGGAAGGAAAAAAAAAAUAGCACGUACCUGCCUGCUAAGUGCAGCAGGAUCGAAUUACGGCCACCGGCAGUUAUCCUAGGAACACUGUUACAGACGUGCUGUGGCACAGCUGGGACAGUAAUGUAAAGUAGAAGCCCAGAAUAAUGAUGGUUAAAUACAAAGUGAGUAAGAAUGUCAAUAGUCACAGUCCAGCUUGGUCAGUGUGGCAAUCAAAUCGGGCAUGAGGUGUUUAAUGCUAUCUGCAGUGACGUCCAUGGCACGCAUGGAUUGUGCUCCAAGAAGGAGAAUGAAUCCUACCGUGAUGCUUGCAAGGAACGCUUUUUCAGUGAGGAAAAAUCUGGAGUACCUGUUGCCCGGGCUGUGCUUGUUGACAUGGAACCCAAAGUAAUCAGCCAGACCUUAUCAAUAGCUGCCAGGUCUGGCUACUGGAAGUAUAGUGAUCGGUCGCACUUCUGUCAGAAACAAGGGUCUGGGAACAACUGGGCAAAUGGUUACUCUGUUCAUGGACCUAAACACAAAGAUAUAAUCAUGAAUCUGGUACAGAAAGAAGCAGAGAAAUGUGAUCGACUCAGUGGAUUUUUCGUAACAAUGAGCAUGGCUGGUGGUACAGGAUCUGGCCUGGGAGCAUUUGUGACCCAGUGUUUAAAGGAUGCUUUUCCAGCCUCAUUUAUACUAAACCAUGUUAUCUGGCCAUAUGGAACUGGUGAGGUCAUUGUUCAAAACUACAACUCCAUUCUGACCCUGUCACAUCUGUACCACUCAUCAGAUGCGCUUCUUGUUCAUGAAAAUGAUGUCAUUCACAAGAUUUGUGCUCAACUCAUGAAUAUUAAACAGAUCUCCUUCAAAGACGUAAAUCAAGUCAUUGCACAUCAGCUAGGAAGUGUUUUCCAGCCCAUUUACACAGCAGAAGGUGCCUCACACUAUAGCAGAAGCGCAUUAGGAGACUUAAUGGAGACCUUAGUUCCACAUCCUGAAUUCAAGAUGUUGGGUCUUCGUAACAUACCUCAGAUGCCUGAAAACUCCCUAGCAUACAGCACAUUCAGUUGGCCUGGGCUCAUCAAACAUUUAAGACAGAUGCUUAUUGCUAAUGCUACAAUGGAGGAAGGUAUUGAUUGGCAAGUAAGACCACCAUGUCCAGGCUCCUCCAUUCCCUCCAAACAUUCCACAAGCAAGUCACUGCAUUUCAAUACUUCCAUUGCCAAUCUGGUUAUCCUGCGAGGAAAGGAUAUGCACAAUGUAGACGUAGGAAGUUUCCAAGAUCCAGCACUAUAUACGUCAUGGCUGAACCCCCAGGAUGCUUUUAACCUGUGGAAAACACCACGAGCAUUUAACAAGUAUGAGAAGUCCGCUGCUUUGGUCAGCAAUAGCCAGUUCCUGCUGAAACGUCUUGACGACCUUGUAGGAAAAGCUUGGAAUAUGUUUGCUUCCAAAGCCUAUAUUCACCAGUACACUAAAUUUGGGAUUGAAGAGGAGGACUUCCUGGACAGCUUCACAGCUUUGGAACAAGUUAUCUCCAGUUACACCACGCUGUGAUUUUGAAAAAAGGUUCUCAACUAAAGCUUUACUGCAAGAACACCGCACUAGAAGACCUUCUUGCAUUAAUCUCACAAAAUUUCUAAGACUGUAACUAUUUUUCAGUUUUGUGAGUAGUGUGUGUGUGUGUUAGAACAGUAAAAACUGAAUCAGAUGUGAAUAUAUUCACAUGGGCAGGUAAUGCUUCUAUUUAAUAUAUCUAAUAAAUAGCUAUAUUUUUCAAUAUGUUUGCUAAAGAUUUCCUAUAGUACAAGGAUUUUCCUCUAGGCUAAACUCUCAGCAUCUAAGCUAGCAUCAACUAAUGUGUGAUAAAAGUUAAAUGGGCACAUGAUUACAAUAGUUAGGUAUUCCUGAUCUUCACGUUCCAUAUUAACACUUUGCCCUAGAAUACGUUGAUACUGAUAAAAAUACAUGGCAUCAGAGUAUUAAUCCAGAGUCCAUUUGGAUAUCAUUCAAGGGAGGAUACUCUGCCAUCUGUUCCUGUACGUUGUAGUGGGCCUAAACUGUAUUGUGAGAUCUUUAACCUUGACAAAACAUUGGAAAUUCUGAACUUAAAAAAAAAAAAAAAAAAUCUUAAAAAGCAACAACAACAAAACGAGUUCUUCAUUUUCCAAUCUUCCUUAAGUUAUAUUAGAGAUUAUAAUGAAUUGUAUGCUUUUCUGGCAUUUCACCCUGUCAUGUUUCUGUUACUGUUUCCCCCCCCCCUUUCUUUUUUUUUAAUUGAAUCUGUGUGGCAGAUCAGCUAUCUAGGCUAUUUGUUAAGAGGCAAACCAUAGGUUUGAGAGGCAAGACUGCAAUUCUUGCUCUUCUUUUUCUUCCUACAAAUUAAGAGGAGGAGGUUUAUUUAUUUAUUAUGGUUAAACAGAUUUGGGAAGAGAACUGCUGGUAGUAUUCAGAUGCAAGGUCCUGGAAUAUAAUCUAAUAAAUAUAUUAGAUGGGAGAGUUUUUAAAAAUCUGUUUCAAAAAAUUAUACCACAAGGUGGUGCCACUGUGAAGCUGCAGACAGCAGAGAUGCACUGAACUAGUUAUAGAAAAAAGGAUUGCAAUAGCAUGUGAGUUUACAGACUGAACACACACAUACUCUAAACAGAACAGAUUUAUAACUUUUCUGCUCUUAUAAAGAGCAUUCUUAUACAAUAGAAUAAUACAAAAGUAUUGGGAAAAAUAAAAGGUUCUAAUACUCAGCA